AUGGCUGCCGAUCAUCACCCAGCGAAAGAGGAGCAUCGGGUGGCGUUCUUCGGGGAGGAUGUGGACAUCCGCGUGCCCUCGCUGGCCAGCACCGAGGUGGUGUUCAGGCCGCGGGUCAAAGGUCACGCGGAGGUGGUCCUGAUGCAGAAUGGGACGUUGGUCCACACCCGGGCCAAGCUCAACACCCAGUUCCUCAUCCUGGAGGACGUUGGCGAGGAAGACGAGGGCGUCUACGUGAUCAAGAACACAGAGGCACCAACCCACGUUCGCCGCCUCACACUCAUUGUUAGAGAUUGUGCUCUGGAGCAGACGGUGAAGUAUGGCGACACUUACCACAUCCAGCUCCACUCCAUCACCCUCCCCAUCACCCUGGAGUUCCGCUACGGCAUCGCCCACAUCAACCAGACCACCGAGUCUCCCCCCGUGGUGCUCCUGAACCAGACCGCCACCCCUGUGGACGAGUACAAGGGCCGUUUGACGGUCAGCACCAAGUGGGUUACCCUCCACCGGGUGACGGGCAUGGACGAGGGCAGCUACACUAUCCUGGACAGCGACGGAAAGAUCCGGAUGAGGACCUGUCUGAGUGUGAAAGAGCACCAGAACUUUAUUCAUCUGGAAUACGACAAGACUCUGAAGAUCAACCUCCACCUCAGCUCCGACAAGGUCAACAUGGUCUACACGAGAGACUCGGACCGCAAAGAACGGGUCAUCUUGAAUCAGGGAAAGCUGAUGCUUCCCGUCGACCCGGUUCUGGAUGGACGUCUCUCUGUGGAGGGUUCCGUGGUUUACCUGAAGCAGGUCCGUGCCAGCGACAUGGGCACCUUCAGGGUGAAGGAUCUGCUCGGCUUCCAUGUGGCUGAAGUCCACCUUGAGGUUGACUCCUACAAGCUUCCUCCUCUGACCGUGGCUAUCCUCGCCAUGCUGGGCCUGGUGGUUUUGCUACUGCUGGUGUGCCUGCUCUCCUGCCAGAUCAAUGUGCGUCGCCGGGCUGAGAAGGCCAGAAAGAUCACCCUCAUCGCCCAGCAGGCUGGCAAAGCGGAGGGAGACACCUUCCGACAGGUGGUUCAUGACGCCUACACAAGAUUCACUGAGGACUCUAUCACCCAGUCGCAGUGGGACCAGAACACGGACAACACAGAGGUUGAAAUCAAGGGUCUUGAGGUGUCCAAGGCUGGCCGCUAUGAAAGCCUCUUCUCUGACAAGAACUUCCUGGAGAUGAGUGACUCCGGGGUGGAAUUCACCUCCUCCGGGCUCCCGCUGGACAGCGACACGGACAUGCCCAUGACCUACGGCUCCCACAAGCCGCUCCUCGACUCGGUCCACUCCGACGGCUUCGUGACCGCGCAGCCCACCAUCGCCGAGGGCACCGAGAGCAACUCGCGCACCCCCGACUCCAUCCUGAGCGGCAGUCCCGCCAGCCUGCCCAAGGCCAACGGCCAGCCCGACGGUAACCUCAUGGAGACCGACGCCCCGGAUUCGGCCCCCAGGGGCCCCGAGGUGGAUGGCGUUGUGAUCCCGCCCCCUGCUGGUAGCCCAGCUAAAGAGCCCAGCGCAGAUGCGCCCCCUGCAGGCGAAGCAGCCUCCACACCAUCUGGUGCUGUUGCUGUUGAGAAUGCCACAACUUGAGGAGCAACUUUGUACAGUAGAAACACCACAGAGAGAAAAGAGGGAAAAAAUAGAAAUGUAUCUACACAACCACUAACCACUUAACACCUUGACAAUCUCUACUCAAACACUCCUAACAUGCAACUAUAUAGGCUAGUCAUUACUGCUUGUUUUGCUGGAGGCGUAAGGGCCAUCCAUGUUACUUUUCAUAUUUGGACACGUUUCGAUUUAACAAAUGCUUAGCGCUAAAGUCUGAGCUAAACCCUAACCCAGAGGAACAACUAAAAAAAAAUAUUCCAACUGAACUCACCUAACUUCUAAGAAACACAUGAGCGUUAAACAUGUUUUUGCACAAUGCAUGCAUUUGAAUUAGAUUCAGUCGAGAUGUCUCAGCUGACCAAGAGCAAAAGACUAGUUUGGAAUGACUGUAGUGCAUGCAAGUCUCUUGGACAAACAGUCACAAACUUGAAAGUUUUGUAUAAAUAUGUAUAAAUAAUAAUUAACAUUGAAGGUAUACCUAAAAUACAUUUUAAAAAUCAGGGGUUACCCGACAUAAUUGCAUAAAAAUCCAUUCCCUUUAAUUGAAAUGACCAAAUAAAUCAUGUAAAAAUCCAUUACUCAUAGCCACAAUAGACAUAAAUCUUAAUUUUGAGUACAAGCAUUCAUAAUCCAUAAAAACAUAAAAAAAAACUGAAACCAUUUGAAUCAAUCAUUUUAGGAAUAUCAGGCCGAAAACCCCGAACACAAAUAAAGCAAUACCCUGAAAUCUAGACAUACUAUACAUCCCUGUAUGAGGUAAUUUGGAAGCAGUCUGGAUAUGGAAAUGUGCUCUUUUCCCCAUCUCAGAAAUGCACAAGCUUCCCCCAGCUCCACCUGAGAGCCCAUCCAUAAUGUAUGCUUUCCCCCACCACAGAGCAGGAAAUGAAUGGUUCGGCAGUGAGUGUAGGUCGGCAGAGAGUGUAGGCCUUUCUGUCUUUCUCUGAGGCUACAGCUCUGUGAAUGGUUGCAGCAGCAGCCCCUUUGGCACCUGUGUACGGGUAGACCAGAGGCUCCGCUACUCUAAGCACUUUAUCCCAGGGCUGACAUGUACGUGUGACGGAACGAGAGAGAAUGAGAACGAGAGGGAAAAAAGACAGACGGAACAAGGCAGACCUUGGCAGCUUUCCCUUUACUCCAGACCGUCCAUCUUCUGCUUUUUUUUUUUGUCGCUUCGUUUCACAUGUUUUUUGAGCUCAUCCAUCAAGGAUGGCAUCGGUUCUCUGAUGCUAUCCCCCGCUGGAUAGGUCAUCAGUCACCUCAUCUGUCCGGCUCAGCACGUUUGGAGCUACAGCUAUGGGAGCCUGCAGAGAGUGUCACCGUCCUAGGUGCUGGUCACUCCCCGCUCACACUUCCACAACAGUGAGAGAAGGGAGGGAGUGUCAGUAGAAGGCAGGACGGACACAUUCGCCCGUGGAUUUCUUCACACCGGUCUCGAUGACUUGAACUAAGUGGAGACUGACAGGCGAACUUGACAAGUGACUGACAGUUUGUCCACUCAGUUCGGGGGCAGACCACGCCAAAGGUAAUCUGUCUGUCUAAUACUCUGUGGAGCCGUUGCAGAGUUCUUUGCAUGCCCCCAGAAGAGCUCCACUUUCAGUUUAGACGACUAAAUGGAAGUGUAUGUCAGAAUUCACCCCCUCUAGGAGUGCUGAAUGUAUGUGGGGAACUUGUGUGGGAACAACUGAAUGUCGAUGUAUAGCGGAGGGAAUGCUCAUAUUACGUCAAUGCUUGUACACUGGUGGUGGCUGGCAAAAUUGGCAUACAAAUGAUGAAUUGAUUUAGUCUUUUGAAUGAGCCCCAUUAACUGCAUAGUGUGGUAGAGUUUGUUGCAUUUAACACAUUUCAUGCUCACGCCUAAAACAGUAUUUGUAGAAGUCUGCCUGUAGUUGAUAAACCAACACUGCAUCAGCGUGACAGCUACAUUUUAAUGAUCAGAAGCCUUUUUUCUUCCCACCUGUCAUUUCAGUUUUUCUUACCACUGGCAUCUUUCAACCACUACACAGUCGAGAAUGCCCCCAGAGGCCCGAGAUUAUUCACAGAGGUUGACAGACACAUUAUCUAUUUUUGGUUGAUAUAUGCAUGUGUUCCUUAGCCAACACAGUCACAACACAGAGUGCCAUCUCACAUAAUCUCAGACUUCCCUCAUCAGCUCCAUUUGAUCUAGUAGCAGCUGCGGAGGAGAGCAUUCUCUCUCUCCAUCCAUCCAUGGAGGAAUAGCCCUGACAAACGAGACUCAGCUUGGCAGCAAGUGAACCACUUGCCCAAGGCCAGAGUCAUUCCCAGUCUCUCUUGUGGAUGCUCCCCACCGCCCACCUCCCUCCCCUGCUCUUCCCAACGCCAUCACAUCUGCACUGUCAGAAAAGUUUUGUAUGCAGAUGAAUGACAAACAUGGGUGAUUAUGAGGGUGCGAGACUUAUAUAGCGGGCCUCUAAACGCAGAGUGGUAGCGUCACAUGGGCCGUCGGAAGGCCGAGCGCACUAGAGAAGUAAGUACGAGUAAGAUCUGUGGGGAAUAAUUCUACCUCAUAACUUAUCUGAUGUCUGUGGAGGAGAUCAACAGAGAGCACUAUAGGACUGCAUGUGUGAGGUCUUAAUGAAAAAAGCACAAAUAGAAUGAAGAGUAGCCUUUUUUUCUCAAAACUAACAAUUUUUGAAACGAUGUAGCAGCUAUAGUAUGUAAAUAUGUGCUAAAAGUUUGAUUAUAGUUCUAAAAUUAGCUAUGUUGUAAUCAAUCCUGGGCAUUAAUCUAACUUGAAAAUCUAACAGGUAUAGUGGUAGUACAGUCAAGUAAAUGAUCAUCUGUACUUAUUUGCUUUAAUCUCAUUUUCUAUUAGUGAUUUGCGGUAAUACUUUCAAGCAGGAUAAGGUUGAAUGAUACAGUAGCUUAUACUCUAAAGGCUACCACAUGAGAAACCAACCCAGAUAUCAGUGCCUAAAUUGUGCAACAUCCAAUCCGAUCUAUCCCAUUCCUGUUUUAGUAUACUGUAUAUGGAGGAGUCAAACCCGACUUUAGUGGACUUAAUAGCAAUAGAGCAGCAGAAAUCAAUGGCACGCAACUUACACAGGGUAGAUGCAUCAUGCAGUGAAGCACAAUUAGUGUAAACCCACGUCACCACCACAUAACCACAGCCCUGGUCUUCACUCGUGUAAAUACAAACAGUGCAUGCCAGUAGUAGUGGUCUUUCUUAAUGCAAGGCUAAUGCAAGACAAUUUUCUAUUCUAUGGCUGUUGCAUUUUAUUGAAUUAUUUAAUCUGACAUCACCAGUGAGGCAGGAGGAAUUCUGAGAGACCCCCUAAGACAGAAUGAGAAAGCACACAUAUUUUUUUCCCCACUGUCUUUAUCUUUCUUUCUCUGUCUUAUCUCUUAUCCCUGUUUGUCAUCUUAACUAUACAUUAUGCACUUAAUCCUCAAAGCAUAUUGUAAACCAUCUCAUCAACAUCCACGACGUGAACUCAUAAUUUCCGCAAGAGAAUGUUUUUUUAUUUAUUUUAUUUUAAUAUUACCAGACAAAAAAGUACAUCAUAACUAAGAGUACUGCUACAGCUAUGACUUUUACUAUGCUCCUUUAAUCUUUUUUGAAAUGCUGUCCUAUAGCUCCGACAUAUACUAAAGACUUAAUCCAGCAUGCUGAACCGUAAUUUGCCUGAUAGACAGCAGCCACCAUGCAUUGCACUGUAGGUAUUGGUUUCUGUCCAUGUGUUCUGGGAAGUUUGCGUCGGUGUCAAUGGUACUAUACAGCAAUUCAAGUUGACAAAAAUGCACUCAUUUACCCCUUGAGUCGCAGUCGUCACAAGUGUGUUCAUCCUAUUUUCAUCAGGACAAAAAUACUUUCACUUUGAACAGAAUCUGUCUAAACACCUUCAGGCUGAAUUGGGCAGUUGGAGUCUCAUUGAAGAUUAGGAAAUGCAAUUAAAAAUUCAAUAGAGAUAUAUCAAAGAACAAGAGAGUAAAUCAUCCCUCUGAAAGGACUUGAAACAUGUACAAGCUGCUUUGGAUUUCAGCCAAGAAAGCAAUGAAAGAUCAAGACCAUUCAGGUGUAGUGCAGUGACAAGAUGCCCUUGCAUUUCAUGGUCAACGGGUUUAACAACAUGGUAGAUGUAGGCUACUGUACAAGGCUAUGCAAUAUUCCACCGCUUCUAUGCCCCAAGGGAGGCAGUCGUGAGUUGCAUGCACGCCCCCCUCAGGUCUGGCUUGAACUGACAGGCCUCAAGUGGAAUCAUGUUUUUUCUUCCAUUUUGCAGGCCAUAAUAUGCAAGCAUCAUAUAGCUUUACAGUCUCAUGUUUCACGCAUUAACCUAAAGAACUAUGCCCAUUCGUAGGUAUCACAUAUGAAUAUGUUUGAUGUAGGCCUAUGUAUGAUGCCAAAAAUUAAAAAGAUAUUCAGAGUCAAUGCCUUUGUGGAACUAUUUGAGUGUUGAGUCUAAAAACUAAACAGCAGGCCUAAACAGCAGGCCUAAACUGUCUCUAAACGCAUGGAUUCAAUGACAGGAUAUUGUUCUCUUCACCGUUCAGUCUGUAUAGGCUAUUUGUGAAUUUUGUUUAACAUGCUUAGAAUCGACUUUGAUUAGGCUACUUAUAUGCUCAUUCUGAAGAAGAAAAAAAACUAUGGUAUCAUUGACUCGACAACACUUCUCAGUCAUGUAUAGUUACCUUUUAUAUGCUUGUUUUAAUUUCCUGAUGUAAACUGACUCCAUUUAUUAAAAUGCCUCUUUAAAGAUACUAGGCUUAACAUGCACAGUUUUGUAAGAUGUUCUUUCUUUUAUGAAUGAAUUCAGAUUAUAAUAAAAAAUCAUU